AACGAUCUUCUCCGGUUUCUUUGGGCUUCCUGUCAUGCCAUAGUUGCUUAUCCAACACAAUGGCAGGAUUACAGACCCGGUCCACCAUGUCCCUCCCAUUCUCGCUCUCUGCGGCCUUCCGCAAUCUCUCGUUAACAUCCUCCACUCGCUCAUUCUCCACCACUACCGCCGCUCAAAAGACGAAGACACUUCCCGAGUACAUUCCUCCUUAUCCCUGCGGCCCGAACUAUGUCUACAAGCAAUCGAAUACAGGAUUGUAUGGGGGUGCGAUGAUCCAGUUCGGAAACAAGAUCUCGCAAGGGCGGAAUGAGGGCAAGACCCGACGCAUGUGGAAACCAAACGUCCGGCGAAAGAAGCUUUGGAGUGAUGCGCUUGAGGACUUCGUGUUUAUCAAGAUCACAAGGAAAGCAUUGCGGACGAUCAGAAAGUCUGGUGGACUCGACAACUACCUUCUGGACGACCGGCCGGGCCGUGUGAAGGAGAUGGGUAUUUUCGGAUGGCAAUUGAGAUGGCAGUUGAUACAGACCCCGAAGAUUCAAGAGCAAUUCCGGGUGGAGAGGAAACGAUUAGGAUUACCGGAGCCCCAGUCCUUUGAGGAGUUCGUGAAGCAGAAGGAGGCUGAGGCGCAAGCGAAGGGCGAGGACAAGACCAACAUCAAGGAUGAAACGCAGCCAAUCUACAACGAGAAGCUGUACUAAUCGGCUCUCUUGACGGGGGACAUAACAUGAAUGAUCUGAUGGUUCUCAAAAUUCCGGCGACAAUCGGAUAGGCGUCUGUAUUACUAUUUCGACAAAUGCUAUUCAUGACUGUAUGAAGCGUGUUUGGGCUUUUGCAGAAUAGCGUGGAAACAAUCACUCGGAAACUGUUACAUUUGUUUGGGUUACAAGUUUAUUAGGCCCUUUGAUGUAUGUACUUAUAUUCUCAAUGGUAUUUCUGGAUCUCCAUGACGUUCUUGUCAAUUAGCUACCGCCAUAAUCCAGUGGAAUGAAGGAAUGGAUCUAGGAUCUCAGGGCUUCGU